UACAUGAAUAAUUAGUAUUCAAUUAAAUAACAUACAAAUAUGUCGUAUUAAAUUUCAACCCACCGUACAAAUAUUAGUAAUGGAACGUUUAGUUGAAGAAGAAUUGAAUGCAAUGGUCGGCGAAGAUGCGUUUGGUAAAAAUUGUAAUUUAGUUUCGUUCAAAUUAUAUAACUGUAUGACUGAUGCGGAUGAAUUUUGGUAUCAAAGAAUAUUUUGUAGUCUUAUAAUUUCGGAUGGAUCAAAUUAUAACAUAAUGAUCAAGUUAAAAAUUCAAGAUUUGGUACUGCGUGGAUGUUUUGGAUGUGACAUUUUGUUUAAUAAUGAAUUAAUAUUUUACAAAAAGGUCAUACCGUUCCUACUAGAGUGCCGGGGACCAACAUUUAAUGAUUCAAAUACUUUAUUUUUACCACGUUUUUUUUAUGGUCGUAAUGAUUGUAGUGAAUUGAUGGCAAAUGACUUAAUUGUUAUCGAAAAUAUUAAUACUUUAGGAUAUUGUUUAAGUAAUGAGAAAGUGUUUCUGGACAAUGACCAUUUAACAAUCGCACUUCAGGCAUUAGCAAAGUUUCACGGAUUGUCGUAUAAUGCCAAACACAAAGAUCCGGGAAAAGUUUACGGUAUCUUGGAAAACGUUCGCAACAUACAGAUCGACGAGAACGGGCAUUGGAUGGCCCAGGACGACUUGUUCAAAAAAUGCGGUAAACGAGGGAUGGACCGACUGCUGAAACGGGACGGGGACAGGUACCGGGACCACGCGCACAUACGACGCUUGAACGAGCUCUUCGACGACGCGGAGAACGUGCUAAUGCAGUCAUUGAACGUCCGAGAACCGCUGUCCGUCAUAUGCCACGGCGAUUGGCACCGCCAAACGUUGUUGUUCCAGUACGACGAGCACAGGCGUCCGUUCGACGCGACGUCCAUAGACUUUUCCAUGUUACAUUACGGGUCGCCCGCGUUGGACCUGUCGUUGUUCCUGUACAUGUCCACCACGCAGCGGGUGCGCGAGGCGCACUGGGAUGACCUGCUAGACACCUACUGCGCCGCACUGGCCGCGUCCGUCCCGCCCGGCGUCCGUGUCCCGUGCCGCGCCGAAAUCGACGCCGAGAUGGCCAAGACUGCCAUCAACGGGCUCGCCAAAGCGUCGUUUGCCCUGCCGUUCAUGUUGCGCGACAGGAGCGACGCGUUGGACUCGUUGGCGACGAGCGACGACCCGGUGGACUACUUUCUGGCGUUGGGUGGCGACAUGGCAACCGAAUGCUUGGCCGAUAUCGUAAUGCAUUUAGCGGACAUGGGCUACACAGAUGCGGGACGUGGCGGACAUUCUGAUCUGGCCGAGAAUACAGACUCGAAAUACGGUUCGUCCACAUAGGAGAUAGCUAUUAUACAUUAUAACAAUAAUCAUUGUACUUAUUAAUAGAUUUUUUAUGGCAUUGGACUACUUUUAGAAUUAUUUUUAAAAAAUGUCGAGUUAUAUAAUGUGAUUAAGAAUAAAAAGUUCUUUUUUUCAUGGAAUGCAUUGAACAUUUUAAAUAAAUACAAAAAUAGCUCUGCAGCUUAGAAUCUAAAACAUGUAA